AUGGCUGGCUCCACCCCCCACCAGCCGAGUGCACACACAGCCGACCAUUCAGCAUCGGCUCUUGCAAUUGCCAUUGUCCAGUCGACUCCACCUGGGCGCACAAACAAGGGAAAGCGGGAGAUUGAUACCCUUGAAUUGCUCCGACAGCCCAGCGGUUAUUGGUGGGCGACUCCAGUUCGAGUCAAAAUUCUCAAAGCCCAUGCCGGAAAUGCAACAGUCGGCGACGCCGCUCGUGCAUGGUCUCAUGCCAUCCGGACCCGGGAACAAGCCACAAUCAGGCAUUUGCUCUGGGUUUCGUGGUCGUUCCUAACUCCACUUCUGAGAAAAUCCCCGUCUGCAUAUUCCUAUCCAGUAAAUAGCCAAUCCUCCCAUCGGGUUCUCCGAUCCCACCACUUCCCCAAGCUGCAAGGACGCGUCACAACGGGCAAGGCUUGA